AUGCUCUUAUCCUUGCUACGACCACGAUUCCUUCUUACGCCGCUAUGGCUAUGUUACACUAUUCAAACCUGUUGCGCCAAUAAGUGUGAUUGUGAUUCUUCAGAUUUAUCAUGCCUGAAAGAUUGUGUGAGAUUUGCAAAAACCUGUGUUCUGGAAUAUUGCAGUGUUGAUGAAACCGAGGAAGGUGACGGUGAGAGUUGUUUUUUAGAAUGCCUUUCAGCUCAUUGGCCUGUUUCCUUCGAUGUCAGUAGUGAGAGAAACAGUGAUAUGAUCAUAGACGUACAAGACAUUGAAAACGAAUUUAUGCAAACAGAUGAAGACAAUGAUAAGGACGAACAUAUGGACGAAAAUGAGAAGACUAUUGUGGGCGACAAUCAUUACGAUGGAAACAAAAGCAAAGACGUAGACGAGCAUGAAGAUGAAGACGAUAAUGACGAGGAAGAAGGAAGAGAAUAUAUCGAUAUUGCACUGUCAAAUACAGAAGAGGAGAUAGUGCGAGAGGGAAAAGAAAAAGAAGAGCAUACACCAACAAAUUUUUAUAGCAGACAGGACCCAUAUCCUCGAAUGACUAUGGACGUCAAAGAAAGCACCUACCGAACAACCAUAAAAACCACCCAAACUGUCAGUACAUCAGUAAAAAUGGUUACAGAUGUAUCCAACGCGGAGAUGAAUAGGGAUAAUCAAACGAAUGAAGAAGAAUCUCAGAAAAGGCAAAACGCCGGUUCAUCUAGCUCUCUUUAUUUUCAACCUACGAUGGCGUAUCUUGCGAUAGCUUUCUUAUUAGGGCUAUUCUUGUAA